UAUUUUUUCUCUCUCUACACAAAAACUCCCCUCUUUCUCUCUCUCUAAACGAAGAAUAAAAGAGAAACGCCCCCGGAAUCUCCAUCGCCGGACCCAAUUGAUUUCGACUGAUCGCCCUCUUCCACACCCCCCCCCCCCCCCCCCCCCCCCCAAAAAAAACUGUAGCCACUACUUCGCCUUGUUCUAAUUCGCCGGCGGCGGCUUCCGUCGGGUUGUUGAGUUCCGGAUUUGUCACCCACGUAUGAACAGAUAGCAGGAAGAGGAUCGAGAAAAGUAGGGAGAUGGAUCGGGAAGGAGGUUCCAACGGUGGCGCUCAGUCUUCCUACUACGCCGUCCUUGGGAUCCGAAACGACGCCUCCUUCUCCGACGUCCGCUCCGCCUACCGCCGCCUCGCCAUGAGAUGGCAUCCUGACAAAUGGGCUAGUAACCCUGGAUUAGCUGCCGGAGACGCGGAGCGUCGAUUCCAGCAAAUACAGGAGGCUUACUCCGGUGAGUUCCUUUUCGUUUCUCCCGAAAAAGGAAGUUCUUCCACUCUUCCUCUCUAUAACUCCGUAGAUUAGAUUCGCGCCGGUGGAUGAUGAUGACCCGAUUUGCUCUGUGGGCAGUUCUUUCCGACCCGGGGAAGAGGUCAAUGUACGACGCCGGGCUCUACGAUCCUCUCGAGGAAGAAGACGAGGAAUUUUGUGAUUUCAUGCAAGAGAUGAUUUCUAUGAUGAAUAAUGUCAAGGAUGAGGGGGAUAGUUUCGAAGAUCUGCAAAGGAUGUUCGUGGAAAUGGUGGGCGGUGGGGAUGGUCCAAGCUUUGACCUAGGCGGCCAGAAUCAGACGGACGGCAAAGACCACGUGUCAAUUCAUCGAAGGGUAAUCCCGCCAAGCGCAGCUCUACCCGAUGCUGAUGUGCCGCACCGGAUUACAAACCCUCAAACUGAAAUUUGCCUACAGCUCGAUCGUGUUUUUUUUUUUUUUUUGGUGGUGGUGGCACUCGACUUCCCCUAUUGUAGUGGUACUUAUUUGAUCAAAAUCUAAAAACAAGACCGAUCAAUUUUAGUUUAUUGAAGUGAAUGAUUUUGCUUGGUGUUUGGGGAUGGUGGGGAGGUGGUUUAUGUGUAGGGAGAGAGGAGUGGCUGUGUAUGUGGACAACUAUUUAGUGUUCAUUGCAAUAAAAUAUAUGUAGUGUUCAUUUUUACUUUGUCCUAAUUUGUGAUCCAUCAUUGGAUUUGACUCAUUUGAGUGAUUAGAG